CUACGCGCACUCACACUGUGCAUUCUCGGGCAAUUGUGUCGAAUUCCGACCUGGGCACGACGUUUCAACGCACAUCCUCCUAGUCUGGAAACCCAGACAUUAUUGACCACACACAAUCGGCCCAUGUCCUCUUCAGUCGGGAAACUGUGGGAUAUAGCUCUGUCUCAUCUGCUCGAUGUGAACGAGUCUUGUGUGAUCCGGGUACAGGCGGUUCACCUGCUUCUGAAUUUAACCGCCCUGCCAAUGAAUCCGCGUCACUCCGGUAUAUUUCUACCGCCUUCGGCAAAUCAAACCGAACAGCCUAAUGGAUUACGACCGUCUGUGUCCGAGACUCUGAGACGAUCUCUUGCGAGAGGUAGUAUAAAUUCAACUGUGGCUGAAUUAUCAACCCAAGCUGCCAGAAGGUUACAGUCGAAUGAAAGAGAGGAUCCGGACGACAGUACCGAAACAACAACAGGCAGAGAUGCAUCUGAUGAAACAUCGAGCGUUUGUGAUCGCAUGUCGGCUGGUGAUCGACCCACCGCAACUACUAAUGAUGACAAUGACGAUAGUAGCACAAUCGACCUGCGCUUGUUAUUCAACUCCGAUUUGGAAUCGAGUGAAAUACGCAAUAAUUUCGCCGAGCUCAUUCAGUAUUUACAGCCUUGGUUCAAUGAACUAUUCCCGGCUGCACAAAUUGAAAGGGAAAACGGAGAACAACCACCUAAUACCAAUUGGGACUUGGUUGCAGACAAUGUGGGGGUGGAGCGGGAAGGUAUUUUGGAUCCGGAUCAGGUGGCACGUUCUGCAUUACUGUUCCACAUGUCCUCAGUUCCCCGUAACACCCUUCUACCGUGCUUUUUCAACUCAGAUGGCGGUUUCUAUUUACUGGGACUACCGGCACUGCAACAAUUGCUCAUUAGUCUCCAUGUGCUCGACUAUUUGCAUCAGUUACUCGGCACGUAUUUACCUCAACCCCUGUUCGAUCCGAUCCGGUGGUAUGGAUUAACUGUCAGUUCCUCCCGCACAUUAACCGAUUUCCCGGAUUCAGUUGACAGUGAACUUCGUGUAGGCGGUCUCGCCACCGAACAGUCGAAUCGUCAAAUUGCUGGUUCCGGGACUCAGGUGGCAAGCACAAACUCUAAUCCAAACGUCAUAUGCACCCCCUUACUUGCCGGUGCCGUGUGCCAGUUGUUAGUCAAUCUGCUUCAUCACUUACCGAAAUUUGUUCCGGCCGAGCUCAUACGUCUUCGAAUUCAUGCCUUGCUGAUGAAUGUGGUGGAUCCAAACCUGUUAGAGGUUGUCGUGUGCGGUUUGCAAACGUCUGGUGGCGGUGAUUCGUCAUUUUCUCCUUCUACCUGUUCUCCGUCUACACCGCUGGGCAGACAAAGCCCGUGGUUUGUUGGUCAUAAGCAUUUGGUGCAGUGUUUUGCUAGUUGCCUGCGUGUGUUACGCUGCCAAGCGGCAAUGCAUUUGGCAACUCGUUCAGCUCUGAAAUCGGAUGCUCUUUUCCUGGUCCGCCUCAUACGAAGUGUAAAAAAUUACAAUCAUUUGGAAGUGUGGGCUCCGAUGUGGCAUGAAAUGUUUGCUCUAAUCACCUGUCUACUUCUCGGAUCAGAUCCCAGCGAUGCCAGUGGGGAUCUGAAUGUUCGACUUAUUUUGCAACCGCUUUCAACGCGUGUGGAUUGCUGGUUAGAAAUCCUCCUUGCAUUGAUUGAUCGAGCCGAAAUGCGACUAAAUGCAGACCAGUCCAGGUGGUCGCAUGUGCGAAACUCUAGUCAACUGUGCUGUAAACAAGCGCGUUCAGCUCUGAACUUCUUUAUCGUCGUCCUAUCGCAUCACCGUCCAUUGUCAUUGAACCCGGUUAUUGAGGCACUGGAUGCGCUUCAUCAUCCAGAAGCGAAGGCUCUCCAACUGGUUGAACCUGACUCAUCUUCGAAGCAUAAUUUGCUAGUUAAGGAUGCAUCAUCGCGACAAAAACAACCCAAUGUUGUCGUCCGCUUGACCCGACGUCUGAUGACCUUGGUCUCUUCCAGUUCCGUGCUUCUGGAUAAAACAUGUGAGGUGCAGUCGGUUCACUUGACAACCUAUCGACGCUCUUUACGCUCUGCGCUACAAACGCUGCUCGGUUGUUGUCGAUCUGCCAAAGCCGUUGCUUUAGAAGAUGGCAUUUUAGAAGAAUUGGUGGUAAGCACACAACUGUUACAGGCAAAACUCGAUUUGUGUGGACUAACCGCUGCCAUGGAAACCAAUAUAAUCGAUUCCGGUGCUGCUCGAUCUCGCUCACUCGGUCUGCUAUCUGAACGGAAAAAACAACAGACCGUACGGCAGUGGAACGUGCUCACGGAUGAACUGAUCGCUCAAUGUGAGAUUAUGCACAAUCUAGUGUACAUUUACCCGGACGCUCGUAAACGAGCUAUUGAGGCUGGUUUACCACAGGUAAUGUUGUCAUGUUUAUAG